AUGCAACCUAACUACAGCGAGCUGGUUGCCCAUCAGGCAGGAAAUGGCUUCUCCCUGACUAUACAGCCAGAACUACUGACCAGGACACCAGCAGGGGCUACCGGGGGCUCUGCCAUCCCAGAGACCAGUGAUGAAUUCCGGGUACCUAUUCUCUCCAGCGGGCCCGGGGAGCCCAGUGGCGGAGGAGGAGGAGGGGCGUCAUCCCGUAGGUCCAGAGCCACUUCCAGAACCAGUUCCCACUCCCAUUCACAUGGUGGGGGACACCAGCACUCUCACAGUGAGCCCAGUGAGACGGACCCGGCUGAUGCUGAUCUGGAGUCAGGGGAGCCCAGCACCUCGUUCUCAGAGCUGCGCUACCUCUUCCGCUGGGUUCAGAAGAGUCUUCCUUUCAUAAUCAUCCUCAGUGCUAAACUGGUCAUCCAGCAUGCCCUAGGUAAGUGUCAGGUAAUAAUAACAUAUACAGUAAGGAACAAUCUUCUAUUUAUCUAGUAAGUUUGUCUGACAUCUCUUCCAUGACUUUGUUGCAGGUCUAGCUGUCGGAGUUGGCUUGUUUACAACUUUUCUUUAUGCGAAUAAGAACAUUCAAACCCAAGUCUUUCUUCAGGUAAGUCAUUAACGGAAGAAAAUAUAUAUUCUCAAUUUAUACAUCAGUGCUUUAACAUACUGUACUCAAACCUCAAUCUGCAUUUGAUCGUCCUCCAUGUAUUUCUCCUCAGGAUCGUCGGUCAAGUAUAGAGUGCGUAUGGCUGCUCCUCUUCCUGGCGUCCUCCACACUCCUGCUUUACUACACUUUUCUCACUGAGUCACUUUACUAUUGGUAAGUUUCCCCUUACUUUACAUGCUCACAGUAGACCAGAAUAGAAUAGAAAAAAAAAAAUUCUACACAAUAUAUGGAAAUUUGCCUUUGGCUUCACAGCGUGGUAUGAUUAAUACACAAAACAGACAAACAAUUUAAAAAAUCAGGACUGGGAGCAUAAUACGUCAUCCACAUCCUCUCAUCCAUCUUUCCCUCUCUCUCCUUCUCAGCCUAAUUUUCCUGAGCCCAGCUGUUGAGCCCCUGGGUUUCUGGGAGGUCCUAUGGGCGGUGGGCGUCACCAACUUUAUGCUCAAGUUCUUCUUCAUGGGGUUCAAGUGCCUUAUCCUACUGCUGCCCUCUAACCUGGUGACAUUCAGAGCCCAGGUAAGCAAGGAAGGAUGCUCUCUCUCCCUCUCCAGUUGUUUGAUGAGGCCAGGGUCCAACGUUAA